CAUGUUAAGGCAUAACCGUAAUUUCACCCUCCCAAAAUCAAAUGCCAUUAUUGUACAACACCAAUUUAUAAUUGCAGUUACACAUGUAGUAGUACUAGUAUGUAACAACAACAACACCACCACCACGCUCUUGAUUAACAAACGCCGGCAAAACCUGCCGCCGGUGGAACCCAUUACAAGAACCUUCUCAUUCCCUUCAUCCACUUCUCACUCUCUGGUUUUCAAUUCCAAAUUCAGAUACCCAAUUGAGAAAAGUUAACAACUUUGAAAUUUGUUAAGCUCUUAUCUACUUCUUCCGCAUUGGCAGUUAGUCGCCGGUAAAGCCAAAACGCCGCCGUAGCAGAAUGCUUCUCUGCCGGAAAAGCUCCCGGAACGCCAACGCCGCCGUUUCGGGAUCGGUGCCGGUGUACCUCAAUGUCUACGAUCUGACACCGAUUAACGGUUACGCUUACUGGUUCGGCCUCGGAGUUUACCAUUCCGGCGUAGAAGUUCAUGGCGUUGAGUACGCGUUCGGUGCUCAUGAGUACUCGUCGACGGGGAUAUUCGAAGGGGAACCGAAGCGGUGCGAAGGGUUUAGGUUCCGGAAGACGAUUCUGAUCGGGAAAACGAGCAUGGGUCCCGGUGAGGUGAGGGCGGUGAUGGAAGAACUUGCGGCGGAGUAUAGAGGAAACGCUUACAAUCUCAUCACAAAGAACUGUAACCAUUUCUGCAAUGCUGCUUGUGUUAGGCUUACUGAGAAUCCAAUACCCAGUUGGGUCAAUCGUCUUGCCAGGAUUGGUUUUUUGUGCAAUUGUGUUCUUCCGGUGACUUUGAAUUCAACAAAAGUUAGGCAUCAUAAAAUAGAAGAAAAGCAGCAAUGUGGAGAGAAGCAAGCAUUAACAAGUGAACCAAACAAGCUCACUGUCUCAAAUUCAACAUCCUCUUCAUCUUCCCCUACUUCUUCUAGCUCCGGAUUGAGAAGGGGAAGGAGUAGAACCAGACGUGCUCGUCCUCCAUCUUCACCUUUCAUUAUUGGGUCUUCUACUUCUUCUACAUCUUGAUGUUCAAAAUCUGAAAAAUUUAUAAUUUUUUUUUAUAAUCUUGGUUUUGUCUAAUUUAACUGAAGUUGCUCUGACUAAGAUAGCAACAGAUUGGAAUUUCAAUUGAAAAUUGUUAUUCUUCAUUCUUUUCA